UGCCAGCCCACCCAGGCCAGGUGUGCCAGGUGUGCCAGCCCCCCUCCAGGUGUGCCAGCCCCCCAGAGCUGCACAAACCCACGGUGCAGGUCACCUGCUGUGUUCCAGGUGCCCCGAGCUAGCAGCAGGCACAGUGCAGUGUCCUGGCUCCUUGGGGCUGAGGUUUGGGUGCUCUUAGAGGCUCCUUCCCUCUCCACCCACCCCAGAUGUGCUGUAGCAUUGCGGAGCCACCUUUAGCUUGGUUGCACAGAAUAUCUGGGAUCAGGGGGUCUGUUCUCAGCCCCACCAGGGCAGGAGGGGGUCCCGGCUGUGGAAGCAGUUCCGAAGAAGGGGAGGCAUUGUGGAGGGUGUUUGUGGGGUGUCUGGCUGUGCACAUUCCUACCUGCUAGCAGGUCAGCCAGCAGAGCAGCAGCUGUGUGGCUCCUCUGGCUCUUGGCUUGCAGGGUGGACAUUCAGCCCAAGAAAAUUAACCAACUUUUCUUUAUGCUUUUCUACUGAAAUCAUGGAAACCUCAGCAAAACUGCAGUGGGUUUUUGGUCUCAUUCACUGGUGCUGUCGGGGAUCCUUUGGUUCAGCUUCUAAAGCUGUAAGCAAGUGACUGGCCAUGUGCAGUGUAUUAAUUUCCUCUUCUUCUCCUGAGGUGUGUUCCAGGCUGGAAAUCUCGAGGGCAGGGCUCUGAUUCAUUGUCUGCACAGCACCCAGAGCCUGUGAGGUGUUUAAAGGUUUGCCUCUUAUCUGUGCAAGUGCACCUAGUGAAUGUUAUGGGGAGGAGAUAAAGCCACAGUAAACUGACUUGAGGAAACAAAGUAAAACUGGAAUGAAGGAGCUGAGGAUCCUGGAUGGUCCCUGUUGUUGGUGCAGGGUGUCCUGCAGGUGCAGAGCAAGGGGGGGACAAACUCUGUGAGGUUCCAGAGCUUCUGAGCCGCAGAGGGAAGCUGGACACCAGCUCUGCUCUGCCACAGGCUUGCUUGCAGAGCUGUUCUCCCUCUUUAACACCAGGACUUUGCCUUCCAUUUAAUGUCUCUGCUGUCUCCUGCCUUGAUCCAUUUGCAGCAAGCAGUUGUUUUGGAGCCUGGCAUUUCCUUCUAGUAUGGCAAACGGAGCUUGCUCUGAGCACCUGAAUGGAAGGGAGGUCUAAUUCUGGCUGAAAAUUGCAGUGGAUCCUUUUCUCUGAGGCAGCCGUAGGAUUUCACUCCCUGGUGUUUAAGCCCAGAAGGUUAACAAUGGAGCUGAAAAUAGCAUGGGAGCAGGAGUGCAUGUGGGGAUGAGCUGGUGCUGGCAAAGCAGAGCAGAGCUGAAGCAAGCCUGAGCUGUUGAUAAGACAGAUAAAAGCACUUUCAGUGUUUACAUUUGCACUUAAACCUGCAGCAGCUCCAAGCCUUUGAAGCAGCUCAUUCCCCAGCAUAUCUUCUCAUUUAUGGCUGGCUGUGUCUCCUGUGCAGCUGCCCAGGGCGUGAAUCCAUUCAUUUCACAGGACUGGCCUUUGUCUCCCUCCCUGCAGGAGAGUGCCUGCAUUGCGUUGUGCAUGAAGAGGCUUUUCCUUCUGAGAGAUGGGGGCAUCUUUGUGCUCCUGGCUGCAGGGCAAGGUGCCACUCUGCAGUGCCAGCUGUGAGCAGGGAUUGUUGCCUUGCCCUGCCCAGGAGCUGUGUUGCACUCGGUGCUGGCAUGGGCUGUGCCUGCCCUGCUCUCACUCUGACCCACCCCUCUGUUUCAAUAUUUCACCUUUCUUCACCCCUUUCUCCUUAUUCUGGCCAUUUUCCUCUGCUGAGCAGUGCCUGGGACAGGCUCCUGACCAGUGUAGGGGAUGAGUGGUGCCUGUGUUUGAAACCUGCUCCUGGGGUGAUCCUGUCUCUCCUGUGAUUCCCCUUCUGCUGCAGCAGCCUCAGAGGAAUAUCCUGAAGCUUCUGUUGGCAAAAGGCAAAAAGCCACAAUGAACCGGGCAUUGUUUUGCUAGUGAAGAGCACAGUUGUGUUCCCUUGCUUCUCCUGAGUGUUUUGUGCUUCAAAGAGGUCUGCACCAGUACUCCUGCAGUCUGCUUUGUUUUGCUUCUUGUGUUCUCACAUGUACUGCACAGGAAAUCUCUGCCUCUCCUCCCUCUGCCAAUGUUUUGUUCCCUUAUCCUAAUCAAAAUUCCAACAGCUGAAUUUGCCUGUGGACUUCCACGUGUGCCUUGCCAGUCCCUUGUUGACAGCUUUUUUUUUUGUCCAUGUGCCUCGGGCCUUGGGAUGCCAGGGAGUUCACCUGGUGCUUGUGCCUGGAUUCUUCCCAGCCUGAGCAAAGAGCCUGCACUGAAUCUCUCAGAAAUCCCUGCUUUUUUAAUCCCAGCACUAACGUCCCCAGCUGAGGGCUGGUUUGGCUUGCUCUUGGCAUGCCUGGCUUGGAGAUGGGGCUGCUCCUUGUCACCUGAGGGGCUGUGAGCCAGGGAAACCCGUGGGGCACAGCAGCUCAGCCAUCCCUGGCACCCCUGGCUGCCCUCCUUUGUUAUUGCUUGUCUGCAGCUGCUGACCAGCUGGCUUACAGGUCCAGGAUUUGUUUGGGUGUUGGGGAUGGUGUUUAUUUAACUUCCAGGAUGUGGUGGGCAUCUCAGCAUGGUUGGGCCUAUUGAAAUGGCAUCUUCUGUCUCAGGGCCCAACAUCUCAGGUCCCUGAAUAGUUUGAAAUAUCUGUGCUGCAGCCUGUGCUUUGGGAUGUGACUUUUAAAGAAUCUCAGGCAUUUUCCUCGCCAUUCAUGAUUUUUUUAAAGAGUGGGUAAGGAAAGAAAAAAUAGUCUUGUCUCUUGUUAUUGAAGAAUUGGGAUUUCUCUCACUGUUCCAAUGGUACUGAAAACCUGUGGGGAGGCUGCUGAAGUCACCCCUAACCCAGAGCCUUCCCUGUUCACCUCCUAGCUGGAGCCUUGCUGAUGUCCAGUAAUCUUAUUUUUAAACCAGAUCUGAUUCAUGCUCUGUUUUCUAUGCCAGAUGAGGUCCUUGCUUGUGAGUAAGUGUUGUGACUGUAGCUGGCAGGAGCGCUGCAUGAUUGCCUCACUUCAGGAAAUGUUAAAAUAACACUUUUUUUUCUUAGAAAGCUCGUUUGCACCCCUCCCACUUCUAAUUCUCCUAAUAGCUGCCCCCAGUUUGGCAGCUGUGUGACAGAGGGCUGUUUGUGUUGCUGAGUAAGAGCAGACACUUGAGUGGAUGCAGUGCUGGGGGAGAGGUGCAGAGUGAGCAAGGAUCCCUGGCCAAGCUGGCUUGGACGUCUCAGAGGCUUCUCUGCACUCUGGAAGGGAAACUGCUCCACUGUGAGAAGGACCUUGCUCCUCCCCCUGGGCUCUGCAGCUGAAACUGGGGAUUUUUCUCCCUCCUGGAGAAGAGAAGCCGCUCACUCGGGACGAGCCAGGCAAAGGUUUAUCUGCCCUUGGCUGCAGGGUUUGGAGGGGCCCGGGGCUGCUGGGAUGAGUGUCCCCCAGCAGCCUGUGUCUGCUGCCCUGGACUUGCAGUCAGCCCCCCGAGGCAAUCCUGAGCGGUGCACACCUUGCCAGAGCCUCCUGGCACCCUUUUCCGCAGGGCUGGAUGACAGCAGGAGCUGCCAGGUAAAUCCAUGAGCCCGUGAGGAGGCCAGGCCAGGCCGCGCCAUGGGUCAGAAGGUCACGGGUGGCAUAAAGACUGUGGACAUGAGGGACCCCGUGUACAGGCCGCUGAAGCAGGAGCUCCAGGGGCUGGACUACAGCAAGCCCACCCGGCUGGACCUGCUGCUGGACAUGCCCCCGGUGUCCUACGAGGUGCAGCUGCUGCACUCGUGGAACAACAACGACCGCUCGCUCAACGUCUUCGUCAAGGAGGACGACAAGCUGAUGUUCCACCGGCACCCGGUGGCCCAGAGCACCGACGCCAUCCGCGGCAAGGUGGGCUACACGCGGGGGCUGCACGUGUGGCAGAUCACCUGGGCCAUGCGCCAGCGCGGCACGCACGCCGUGGUGGGGGUGGCCACGGCCGAGGCCCCCCUGCACUCCGUGGGCUACACCACCCUGGUGGGCAACAACCACGAGUCCUGGGGCUGGGACCUGGGCCGCAACAGGCUCUACCACGACGGCAAGAACCAGCCCAGCAAAACCUACCCCGCCUUCCUGGAGCCCGACGAGACGUUCAUCGUGCCCGACUCCUUCCUGGUGGUGCUGGACAUGGACGACGGCACGCUGAGCUUCAUCGUGGACGGGCAGUACAUGGGGGUGGCCUUCCGGGGCCUCAAGGGCAAGAAGCUGUACCCGGUGGUGAGCGCCGUGUGGGGCCACUGCGAGAUCCGCAUGUGCUACCUGAACGGGCUGGACCCUGAACCCCUGCCCCUGAUGGACUUGUGCCGGCGGGCCGUGAGGCUCGCCCUGGGCAAGGACAGGCUGGCUGAGAUCCCCAGGCUGCCCCUGCCAGCCUCCCUCAAGAGCUACCUGCUGUACCAGUGACCCCGUGCUGCGGGACAGAGGUGGAAGCGAGGCGUGGAGCCCUGGGCUCUCCUGCUGCUGCAGCUGCCUGGCCAGAGGAUCGUGCCCUGCUGCAGCCCCCGUGCCUCCCUGGCCAGCCUGGGGCAGCCCUGGCUCCACAGCUGGGUGCUCUGCUCCUCGGGAGUCCCUUCCCCAGCACACUCACAAAAGGAACAUUUACAGAGGCUCUGUGCUCCCCUCUCCUCCUGAGAGGAGGCUGUGCUGCCUCUCUGCCUUGGGGGAAUGGUUCUUCUGGAGCAGCUAAAGGGAAGGAUGGUGGUAAAAGAAUAAUAAUAAAAGUAAAAAUUAAGACAAUUUGGGGGAAGAGGAGGCAUUAGGAGUAGAAGUGUUAAGAGAAUGGAAAGGCUCAGGAUGGCCAGCAGAGUUGGAAAGAGUCUGGAAUGCCAUAAAGAAUUAAUUGAUGACUUCUUAAAAGCCAAAAAAUAAAAAGUACAUCCCCAAGCCCUGAAACACCAAAACCAAGAGCCCUUCCUCCACCAGACACUCCUUCAUUUGGAGAAGGUGGUUGUGUUGAUGUCUGUAUCUGUGCUGGGACUGUCACCUUGCUGUGCUGCUGUGGCACAGGCUGUGCCUCCUGCUUCAGUGCUCGUCCUGCUCCUGCUCUGCUCUGCCUCCCCCCGUGGGUUUGACAGCUGAUUUUGGGUCAGGCUGUGUCCCCACACGCCUCCUUCCUGACUGGAAGCUGCAGCUUUUGCUCUGGGGCUGGUGUGGGACAGGGGAGGACAGACCUGAGCGCCAGGGUGGCACUGUGUGAGCUGGCACACAGCUGGCACACAGCUGGCACACAGCUGGCACAGCUGCAGGCCCUGGCCCCUGAGCUCUGCCCCACCUGAGGCUUCAGAGCAAUGCUCAGGUUCUCUGAGGGCACUGCCAGGGAUUCUCUCCUCGAUAAGCUGCUCCAAUUCAUCCCAGCCAGGCUCUGCUCUGUCCUAGACCAGCCUAAUCCCGGCUCUGCAGCAGGAGGGGCUCUGCCCUGCUGGUGGGGCUGGCCCCCAGCUGAGGAGCAAUCCCGGGAGCAGACAGCCAGAGGUGAUCUGCAGGCAGAAACUGAGCCUCUCCAGGGAGCAGGAGAGGGCUGCAAUAAACAGGACAAGCAAUUCAGGCAAAAUCAGCACAUCCCAAAUAGAUCCUCAGUAGCCAGGGAGAGAGGAUGCCACUCCUUUGUCAGCAGGAGCUGCUCUCUUCACCUCUCCACAGGUUACUAUGCUGCCUUUCUGGGGUUAUUUUGCACAUUUCUUUGUGGUUUUUUUCUUGAAAAAUGUUUGUGUGAUUGUUUUGGUUUUGCUUUUGAGUUAUCCCUUCAGUUUUGUGUAGGUACAAAUGAGUUUAGUUGUUGAAAAUGUUAAUAUAUAUAUGUGGGGUGUAUGUAUAAGAACAUGUUUUAAACAGCUGCUGUAGGGUACCUUUUUGAAAAUAAACUACUUGCAUAGUAUAUUUUUUAAAGCACAGAGUUGGUGCCAAGACUGGGUGGGGUGUGAUGUGCCCCUUUUUUUAUUCUAAUAUUCUAUGAGGUUUUUUUUCAACGUAGGGGUUUGUACUAGUUUCUGUUGCAGGGUGGGACACAAAAUUCAGUGUGUGUGGAGCCCUGCUUGGUUGCCUUCAACUGGAACCAGUGUCUUCCAGAACUCCAGGGAAGUAGCUGUGUUCUCCCUACUCCUGAUGCUCUUUGUGCUCCCUCAUUUCCAUCUCUCCUCACUUCACCAGGACAUGACUCUGUACAGUUCAGAAUCCUUUCUAUUUUAUGACUGUAGAUAGCACUCAGUAACCUAAUAAACUUUAUUAAAUAUUA